AUGGCCGCGCGCGAGACGACAGCACGGCCUCCCGGGCCCGCGAGGGACGAAGAGACGGCGCUGCUCUUCGAGAGAGCCCACCACCGGCACGACCCGCGCUGGCUGCUGCCCGUGCCCCCACGCCUCUGCCUGGCCUGCGCGCUGGAGCUGCUGCCGGAGACCGGCGUAUCGUUGGUGCGCAAGAAGCAUGUGCUGUCCUGCUUGCGAGAUGCUCUCGUGAGGCAUGCCUCCCUCGUUGUGCAGCUGGUGGCUCAGGAUCAGAGAGUCUGUAUCCACUUCAUAAGCAUGCUUUUCGGACUGUUAUGCAAUGUGGAAGAUGGGAAUGUUACAGACCUCUGUAUUGAAGUUCUUAUCCAGCUCACAACUCAGCUGAAGUUAGAGCAGACCAUUCAUUGCCUGCUGGAUGAGUGCCACAAAGAGCUGUGUAAUAUGCCCUCCAUGCGAGGCAGCCUGGCCACCCUGACCCUUCUUGGCAAGUUGGUGGAUGCCAUCCCUCCUCUGGCAGACAAGCUUGUAGUGAAGCAUGGUGAUCUGAUGGAGCAUCUGUUGAGAGGCUUGGUAUACCCCAACGAGGGGGUGCAAGCUUCUGUCUGUUACCUCUAUGGGAAGUUGUACUCUUCACCAAUGGCAGCUGAGAUGCUUUCAGGCCACUUCCGGGAGAAACUGUGCCCUCUCUUCCUUUCCAUCCUGGAUGGUGCCCAGACAAGAGAGCUAAAGAUCAACUGCUUAGGUUUGCUGAGGCAGCUGCUGAAGUAUGACCUCUUUGUGUCCAUGAUUAUGAACAAGUCUGGGCUGGCAGAAAGUACCAGAAGUGUUGAAGAGACACCAGGAGAGACCUCAUUGCCUUUGGUGCUCAAGAAGCUUCUCCUCUCAAGAGAUGAGACUCUGCAGGUGGCCAGCACCCACUGUAUAACUGCGGUGCUGGUCCCCUCCCCAGUGAAGCAUGCCCUGGCCUUCAUCCAUGCUGACAUCCCAGAGUUCCUCUUUGAGCAUCUUUCCUCUUCCAGCGAAGUGCUUGUCUGGUCCAGCUACAACUGUUUGAUACUCCUGGCAGAAGAGCCACUCUUCUUUUCCAAGUGCCACACGGUGUACGGGAUUGAGUCGGUGGUGAGGAGCCUGCAGGGAAUCGUGAGGAUGAACAACACAGAGCUGCACAAGCAGGGCCUGCUGCUCUUUGCUGGGAUCCUGAAUCGGCAGCCAGAGGAGAUCAAGCUGUUCACAAGCUCAACCAUGUGUGGAGAUGCUGGCCGUGCCCUCCAAGAGGCAGUAAGCAGCCCUGUGCUGGAGGUGGCUGCUGAGGCCAUGAAGGCCGCUUCUGCCUUUCUGAGGAAGGACCAUCAGAGUGCCCCACCUGUGCAGUACAAGCAACUGCGGGCCUUGCUUGAAGCCAUGCUGAGCCGGUGUGCAGAUUUUUCCCAGACCCCACUGAGCAGGAGACCCCAGGGCCAUGCCUCCAGUAGAGAGUCAGAGGAGGCCAUUCUUUGGAGGGGAGACUUCCUCCUGAGCACUCUGGAGGGAUUUCGGAAUGCAUGCAGGUUGGCUGUGGAAUUCCAAAGUGAGCCUUCUGCCCAGGAGAAUCCAUUCACAGCUCCCAGUGCUGAGAAGGAAGACACCUUGGAGGACUUCUCAGAAUUUCUUCUCAGUGUCUGCGACUCCCUUUGUAUCCCCAUGGUGAUGAGGUACUUGGAGAUGGCCAAUCACCCAGCCUUGAUGGAAGUUUUCCUCUCGAUUCUCCUCAGUCUCUUUGUUAUUGUUCCCCACAUGAAGGAGAAGUUCUCCAAGAAGCUCGCUUCCUCAUCUUUCAUACGACUGACCCUGGAAGUAAAGGCUAGGUUCUGCAGCAGCCUGAGUCACUCAGCCCUGAACCAGGUGUGUUCCACUUUCUUGUACUACAUGUGCCUCAACCUCCUCUCAGCUCCAGAGAAGACAGGACCACCUUCUGAAGAAGAACUCUCUACAGUGUCUGCAUUCCUGCAGCAUGGGCUGCCCCAGAUAAGCAGCAGGAGCUCUGAAAGCCUUGUCUUUCUGUCUGAUCGCCAGCAUGUGGAGGGAACUGCUCGCCAAAGACAGUACUGCAUCCUGCUUCUCUUCUACCUGGCCUACGUACAUGAGGACAGGUUUGUCUCAGAGACAGAGUUAUUUGUGGCUGUGCAAAGCUUCCUCCUGUCUCUGCAGGACCAGGGCGAGCGUCCCCCUCUGACGGUCUUCAGAGCCUCCAUCUAUCUGCUUGCAAUCUGCCAGGACAAGGAUGGUGCACUAGAUAAGGACCUCAUCUAUUCCAGCCCAGUGGACACAGCCCGAAAGGUACUGAUGGUUCUUAGGAGCUUUUUGUGGAGGAAUGAGGAUAUACAAGUGGAUGGUCUCAUCCGAGGCCAUUUCCUGCUAAUCCUACAGCAUCUGCUGGUGGAGCAUGAGGCAUCCCCCCGAGAAGCCUCAGGGAACCUGCCGUUGCUGCUGAGCCUCCUCUCCUUAAUGCAGCUGAGGAACGAGUCAGAGCAAGAACUGGACAGCAUGGCCAUGAACCUCCUUCACCAAGUGAGCAAGCUGUGUGGGAAGUGCAGCCCCACUGACGUGGACAUCCUGCAGCCCUCCUUCAACUUCCUGUAUUGGACCCUUCAUCAAACCACGCCAAGCAGUCAGAAAAGAGCUGCUGCAGUUCUCCUGAGCAGCACAGCCCUGACAGAGCUUCUGGAAAAGAUGCUGGCGCUCACCUGGGCUGAGGUGGGUUCCCCCAGGACUGCACUCCUCUGCUCCGCCUGGCUGCUCACUGCCUCCUUCUCUGCCCAGCAGCACAAUGGCAGUUUGCAGGUUCACCAGACACUGUCCGUGGAACUGGACCAAGUAUUGAGCUUCCUCAGCUUUCCAAAGAAAAAAGCUGCCCUGCUCUCAGUUGCCGUCUUACGCUUCCUGCGGACAUCCCUGCAACAAAGCUUUUCUUCUGCCCUGGUGACCCUAGUGCCGUCAGGGGCCCGGCCACCACCAGUCCCUGGGGACACUGUACUAGCUCCACUGGGAACAUCACAAAUCCUGUCCCUGGUCAUCGGAUUGCAGAACCUCCUGGUGCAGAAGGACCCUCUUUUGUCCCAUGCCUGUGUUGGCUGCCUGGAGGCCUUGCUUGACUACCUGCAUGCCCGAAGCCCAGACAUCGCCCUCCAUGUAGUCUCCCAGCCCUGGAAUCGUUUUUUGCUGUUUACCCUCCUGGAUGCUGGAGAGAAUUCCUUCCUCAGACCUGAGAUCUUGAGGCUCAUGACCCUGUUUGUGCGGUUCCAGAGCAGCUGUGUCCUCUCUCGUGAAGAGGUGGGUUAUGUUCUGCAAGGCGCGGCUUCAGCUGACCUCUCUGCUCUCUCAAACACCACACUGCAGGCUCUGCGUGGCUUCUUCCUGCAGGUCCAGAGCACAGGCCUCCUGGUUGAUCACACCACAGUCCAGACCCUGCAGGCCUCCUUGGAGGGCCUUUCCCUCAGGGCUUCCUCAGCCCAGCCACCCCUGCAGGACAUGCUCUGCGUAGGAGGGGUGGCUGUAUCCCUAUCGCACAUCAGAGACUAAAUCUCAGGACUUGAAGGCACAGAAGUGGAGGGAACUGAGACCUGGAGAAGAUAAAGUCAGGACAGAAUUGCUGGGGAAAUGGGUGGCAUCUGGAGCCAUUUACUCCACUGUUGAAAUGGAAUCAGGAAGUAAAAUGAUACACUCAUG